ACGGCUUCCUAGUCAAAUACUGGGUAGCAUAUCUGCUGUGGUUAAUACGCAAAAUAGACUCUCAACAGGCUCAGUGGAUCUAUCUCUUAAUUUUUAGAAAAUUCAUCAUGUUUAUUUGGAGAAUAAUAUCAGGACAAUGUCACUUAGCUUGGUCUGUCGUGAUACUCCUUUUGAUCAAAAACGUAGGAUGUAAUUUUGAUAAUUUCGAGCCUGGACAGUGCCUCUCCAAAUUCGACUAUGAUUAUAAAGUGAUGCAGAAGUUGUUGCAAUUUGAGAGAGAAAUACAGGAACUCAGAGAAAGAAAAACCUGUACAGAUACCACGCAUGUCGCUUUUAUGGCGGAACUGUCAGCAGACCUGGUUGAUCCCUCUGCGGGUACUACAGUUAUUUUUGAUAGCGUUCGAACAAAUGUCGGAAACGGAUACAAAUCCGGACCAGGGAUUUUUGUUGCUCCUGUGGAUGGCACAUACAGCAUAACUCUUGUUGCAUCGUCUGGAACAAAAGCGGCGUCGUCAAAUCUUCAUCUAUACGUCAUGCACAACAUGAUACAAGUGGGCUAUGUCUACCUGGAUGAUAACUCCGACAGGUGGCUACUAAGAUCAACAACAGCUGUAUUAGAACUGAAAGCUGCUGAUACAGUUUUUGUUAAAGUCGGUUUUAGAAAUGGAGCCGGAAACGUAGAAGGCCGUAGUUUACAUACACACUUCAGUGGUUUUCUGAUUAAUUAGAAUUGUUAAAAAAGAGGCGAAAGUUGUCUUUGAAUACCAAAUAGGGAGAACCAUUUAAAGUCAUUUUAUAUGUAAACAUGGUGUGCAUUUGCUUUGCCCCCUUAUAUUUCAAUCAUUGAAAUAUAACACUGCGACUUUAGCUCAAAAUUAAAUGUAUAAUUUAAUUGCAGCUAGGCAAACAUGCUAAAAUUACAGACUAUUUGGCUACCGUGUUGCAAAUUAACAUUCAGUAAUGCAGUACAUGCCGAUGAUGAAAUAAUUCCGCAAAUGCAGACCAACUGACUCAUUAGGAAACGGUGCAUAAUCCAGGCCAACCCAUGUGGAGCCUUUAAAUACUCAUUGUACAUCGACGAGGCUAAUAAACCUGAACUCAUGUAAUUUGAUUUCCUAUAUGUUUUUCAAGAAAGACCGAGUUUUCAAGAAAUAAGUAUUAGCAUUUACAAGGUCAUUUCAUGAUAUGUUUUUCAUUAGCUGGGAUUUAUACGGAUGAAACUGUUAUAUGUAUAUGUUGUAUCAGUAUUCCCUCCCCCAAUACCACCACCAAGUCACAUUAGCCAGUUUAUGGCUAUAAGAGUGCAUCCAUUAAUAGUUUUCUGUCCUGUAAAGUUCGGGGAUUAAUCAUUUCUAUCAAAUAAAUAAUCAUUUUCGCAUAAAUUGUUUAUCUCAGUUUUAAGUUCAUCCUGGCAUAAGUCAAAAGCAAAAUACAGAUUUUCUGUGCUUUCGAGAAAUCUACGCUUACCUAUUAUCUUUUUUAGAAUGCAUAUAAGGUUCGUUCAGGUAAGAUACGUUAUGACGAUAAAUAAAUAAAUUUUGAACUAAUGCUUUUUAUGGUUAUCAAAUACAGAUGGGUAAUUGCAUACAGUAUAAAUUUCAUAGUUUGCAGCAAGCACGCAGUACACCUUUGUAAUCUCUACACUGCACAAUCAAUUUGAAAGCAUAGGUAACUGUAAGUUCUGCAGCUAUGUAUUUUUAUAGAAAGGUGUCAUUUUUAAGUAAGAAAUAGACUUGUUUUCUUUUCCAUCGACUCGCUAUCUACGGAAACAAUAGAAUAUCUAUUGUUGAAAUUCUGUAAUAAACCUUAUUAUAAGAAACGAAAACACUUGCGCCGACAACGGUUGAUUCAGUAGUAUACUUAACAAGGGGUACCGAAACUGUCUUAGCUCAAGUCAUAAACAAUGAGCAGACAUGCAAGAAUUUUCGAAGAUUACAUGUUAGAAUAUCAAAAUCAAAGUAUCUUACUUUGUUGUUUUUUUUCGAUCAAAAUAAAACAAACUGGAUCGAAUGUA